UUUUGUUUCGUUUUUCACAGUGCGGGGCAACACGACGUGCAACAUUUGCUUCAAGACGUUCGCCUGCAACUCGGCCCUGGAGAUCCACUACCGCUCGCACACCAAGGAGCGGCCCUUCAAGUGCACCAUCUGCGACCGCGGCUUCUCGACCAAGGGCAACAUGAAGCAGCACAUGCUGACGCACAAGAUCCGCGACAUGCCGCCACGGCUGUUCGAGCCGAGCAGCGGCGGUAAGGGCCCGUCGCUGCCGGCGCCCCCGCCGGGGCCGGGCCAGCAGAGCGGCCCUCAGCAGCCUCCGCAGCAGCCGCCACAGGGCGUCAAGCCCCCGCCGGGCUCGCCCGGGUCCGCGGGGCCGCUGGCGCCGGGCGCCGGUGUCGGCCAGGGCGGGCCGGGCCGCGCGUCGCCGUCCCCGCUGCUCGCGGACAAGCCGCUGCUCCCCGCCGGCGAGCCCGACAGCCGCAGCCUCAGCCCGCGGCUCAGCGCGCCGCUGCCGCUCGCCCUCAGCAUGACCAUGCCCGCCGACAUCCUCAAGGCCGAGGCCGGCAAGCGCUCCCCGCCCGAGGGCGGCGCCAUCCCGCCCGUGCCCAAGCGACAGCCUAGCAUGCCAAAGCACUUGUGCCAUGUUUGCAAUAAGAACUUCUCAUCCUCGUCCGCCCUGCAGAUUCAUAUGAGAACGCACACCGGAGACAAGCCGUUCCGGUGCACGGUCUGUCAAAAAGCGUUCACCACUAAGGGCAACCUGAAGGUGCACAUGGGUACCCACAUGUGGAACAACGGGGCGUCCCGCCGCGGCCGGCGCAUGUCCCUCGACCUGCCCAUGCCCCCCAUGGGGCCCAUGGCCCCAAAAGAUUCGGACUUCCUCCAGCGGCGGCCCGAGCUUUUCUACCCGUACCUUCCGGCCCCGUUCCUUAACGGCAUCCAGCACAAGUUGGGCGAGAUGUCGGGCAUGCCUGGUGGCCCUCCCGGCGGCCCGGGGCGUGACGGGCCUCACGGCCCCCACGGCCCGCACCCUCUCAGCAACGGCAUGUCGCCGUCGGCCGGUGCCUCCAAGUACGCCUCCCUGCUCGGGUUCAACCCGUUCGGGCCCCGACCUCCUGGUGCGCCCGGUGGACAAGGCGGCCCUCCCGGGUCUGGCCCCCUUGCGGGCUCCACCGGCUCGCCCUCCCCCGACAAGCACCUUGGCACCCCGCCGUCCCCCCACCACCCCGGGGUCCCCGGACUCCCCCUCGGUGCCAUGCUCCGUCCACCCCUCCAGGGGUUGCAGGAACGCCUCCAAGAACGCCUUCAGGAUCGCAUGCACGAGCGCAUGCACGAGCGGAUGCACGAGCGGCUCCAGGACCGCCUGCAAGACCGCCUGCAAGACCGCCUGCAAGACCGCCUGCAGGACCGACUGCAGGACCGCCUUCCGGAUAGGCUGCCUGAUCUCCCACGUUCGAUGUGGGACUUUCAGCUGGAGCACAAGUCCCCUCAGGAUGACCAUGGCCUGGACCACGGUCGCCUAGAGGGCGCAUCCUCGCCCCCGAACCACCUGGGUCCCCCACCGGCCCCCACGCCCCGUGGAGAGGGCUUGGCAGCAUAGUCUAGACCCUGUCCUUAAAUGAAUUACUACAUAUCCUGUCCAUGGUAUGCUGGUAUGGAAAGGUGCUGCUAUUAAGUAUAUACACAGUACUUCUGUUGAUUUUUUUUCUUUGUUUUUUUUUUAAUUGUUUAUUUUUAACUAGAAAUGUGAUCAGGGGUUUGUCUAAUGUUGUGGACAGUUUGCAGAUGGCAAUGGCACACUGCAUUGUUCCUAUUUUGAAACUAGUCGGAGAAUACUGGACUUUACUUCAGUAUUCUUGUUGGAGGACAUAAACUGUUCAAUUAUAAUUCUUUUGUCCAGUUUAAGUCAUCUCCUGGUUGUUCCCAUUAUAUAUUAAGUGUUUUUGUUUUGUCCUAUUGAAAGAAUGUCGAGUAAUUAUUAAUAUUUAUUGCCUGAUAUGUUGUGUAUAUAAGAUUUAAUGAAAAUAUGUUAUGAUCUUACUCUAAAUAUUUCUUUUAUAAAAUUUUAUGACAUUGAAUGCCUGAUUGUUGUUCAUGGUUUUGUUCCACGAGCCAUAUGAGGUCUGAUUUAUAAAUGUAGUGUCAAUGAGUGACCACAUUGACACUUGUUUGGUCUCAUUAUACUUAUGUUGUAGUAAAAUUAAAUAAUGUUAAUUAGUGCUAUCAUCAUAAUGUAGAUUUUCAAUGCUAUUGUAUAUUGUAAAUGUGUGUCGUUGUAUAGAUGUAUAUAUGUAAAUUGAUCACAGGAAUGUGAGUGUCUAUAGUUAAGGGGAGCUUGAUUCCUGACCAAACAUAUUAUGUGCUGUUUUCUUUAAUGGGAUAGGGGCAAUCUAAGGGGACACUACACUUAAAUGAAGAAAUCCCCACCAAAUAAAAAAAAAUCACUGUGAUACUACACCGUAAGAAGAAAGCAUAAUCAUAGUUUUCACGCCGGCUGUACUUCAGGAGUUGUUAUGUUGUUUUAGUUACUUGCGAACUUGACUUUGCUAAUUUAUUGUUUUUGAUAUUACUUAGAAUUACACAAUCGUUCAUAUCUUAGGAGAAAAUGUUGAGAUCAUUUGAAAUCAUGGUUAUUGAGUUGAAAAUUUGUUCAAAUGUGUCUGCUAUUUACAAAUUUUUCUCAUUUUGAUCUUCUGUUAGGGUAAGAGUAAUGUUGCACUGUGACUGGUAUGAUGGUUGAAAAAUAUUUACUUAUCUCAUGAAAUAUUGUUCCAAAUUUCUUGUAAUCAUAACACGUAAUAACUGACUUGUAUAAUUACAAAUUAAAAGGCAUUUUAAAGUUUGUUUUUGAAUGAAAAGAAGUAUUUUUGUUUUUUCUUCCCAUAUGUUAAUGACUGAUGAACUCUGUUGUGAAUUGUACUUAUCGUCCACUGAGAAAAAUAUCCAUAAUCAUCUAAUAGUGUGUCCUCCAGGCAAAACAAGUUCAUUUUCAGUACUCUCUUUUCUAUGAUAAACAUUUUGGCAUGUGUCAGCAUUACCACUUCCUUCCUAUCUGCUAAACUACAGCGGUACUUUUCAUUUUGAUUUUUAAAGUAGUAUAGAUACCAACCUCUCUGUUUCCACUGCUUUUGAAAGAAAUACAUUGUACGUGAAUUGUAUGAUUUUGUGACAUGUGAAAGUUGUGCACAGUCUAAUUAUACAUUUGAAAUGCUUGUGUGCAAUACACAAGGGUGUAUUGAGACAAUACAGUGUUAUCCAUCCAGAACAUGGAGUGAACCGUGGAGUGAACAAUGUUUCUGGAGAAUCAUGUACCUGUAUAAUGCUGCCUAUCACGUCUAGCAGAAUGGUACAAAAUUUAAUGUUUAACUCAAUACAGUUUUGUUGUAUUUCAUUGUAAAUGUGUUGUCAUAUUGUAAAUUCAAUUUCACUUUUAAAAUCAUAUCAACUUAAGAGAUGACACUUUUUCCACUUUAGAAACUAAUCACCCUAAUAAUUAUGAAGUUUUACGCAGACAUACCUUCAAAAGAAUUCUGAGGAAAAAUUGGAAGACUGUUGACACAUGUCUAUAAGCUCUCAAACUAAUUUCAGUUUUGAUAUUUCAUCGUCUUUUAAAAAGUGUUUUAAUUUACUGGAACCUACGUAAUAUAAAAUGGUCAGUAUGGUGUUGCAUUAAUGGUAUUUGUUGUCAUAAUGGAUGCAAAGGGGAAUAUUUUCACUUUACUGUAAACGAAGUUUUGACCUGAGACAUUAGUAUAUUGUCCCUUUGGCCAUUUUGUGUUAUAUUGAAAGUCACUGGAGACAUCUUUCCAUUGGCUUAGAUCUAUAGUUCUGGAAGUCAUCUUCUGUAACCUGUACCACUUCCACAACUAUUUAUUAAGAAGCAUGACUCAGCAAGUUAUAAUGUUAUGAAUUUCUACCAGAAGUAAAUCCCCUUUAUCCUUCACUAGCCCCUCUAGAUUGACCAUUUGUGUGAUGAUAUUUUACAAUUUGUUCUUUUUCUUCUUUUUAAAAAAAAUUAUGCUUCAUAAGAUACAUUUUGUAAGAUACAUAUGUUUCACUGUAGAUGUGCACAAAAUAGAACAUCAACUACCUUGUUAUACACCUAAAAUAUAGAAAAGAUACCUAUUUAAA